AGUUCCGCUUCCGGUGCAGAAAGCUUCUCCGUGACACAGAUGAUUUGAUCAAAUUUAAUUUUUGCUACAGUUUAAUUUGAAAAAUGGUCGCUUUGGAACCAAUUUGAAUGUAUAAAGUGAUGUUUGAUACACCUCUUUUAUUUAUCAAUUUGAUAUAAAAAAAAUGGCUAGUGGCUCGUUAAAGAUGGAGCAUGAUAAGAUAGAGAGAUUACGGGACCGUAUGUUACAAUGUCCAAUAUGUAUGGAUGAGUACAAAGACCCUCGUAUACUUACCUGCCAUCAUACUGUCUGUCUUAGUUGUCUUCUUGACUAUAUCCAUGCUUCAUCAUCUUCUGGCAGAAUGUUCAGAUGCCCCCAGUGUAGGGCUGAUGUGUGUGUUCCACGAGGGGGAGUGAAAGAUUUCCCGCCAAAUUUCUACAUCAACUGCAUCCAAGACGAGAUUGGCUCCCGGCCAUAUUUUGGUAUUUGUGAUGUCUGUGAGAAGGACUGGUUGAUGUCGCAGUACCGAUGUAUUGACUGUGACCUUGACAUUUGCAAAUUCUGUAUCCACGAUCACAGACUCUUUAAACACAUUACCAGACGCCAGCCUAGUAUCAUUAAGAUUGAAACAGGUAACUUGGGAAUGAGCUUGACCUCAGACAGGUCAUGUAUUGAUCAUAAAGAAGAAUCGCUACAGAUGUAUUGCGAGACGUGUGAUGUUGCUAUCUGUGUGUCCUGUGUUUGUGAUAAACACAGAAAACACAACACAAUGACACUGGUCAAGAAACUACAAGUUUCUCGUAAAAAUCUACAAUCCAGCUAUGAUCAACUGAUAUUAAAGGAGAAAGAGGUAAAAAGCACCCUUACAAAGUUGCAUGAUAUUGAAAAGGAGGGGGACAAGUCAGCUGAUGAUGCCAUUUCUCAGAUCAAGGAUUAUACACAAGAUAUUGUAAACUGUAUACAAAAAUUGUCUGACGAGAAGAUAGAUGUGAUUAAAUCUAGAAGAGGAACACACUUGAAAGAAAUUCAUGAUUACGAGAAAGAUCUGUCCGUCUUCUUAGAACAGCUUCAUAGGGGUUCGUCAUUUCUUGGUGACCUACAAGAUGAAGAUAUGUGCCUGGAAUUGCUUACAGCAUUCCAAAAAUACAAAAGUGUCAUAGAAUCUACCCAAAGUUCUGUAGCAAACAGAAAAAUAAAACAGAAUAGCUUUACUUUCAGUCCUGGUAAAAUUACUAACAAACUGGGUAAUGUAUGGAUAAGUAGAAGUGCAUUAAAUAACACUGAGAAUGAACAUGUAUUUCUUACCAGAGAGAAGGAAAUGAAAGGUUUAAGAAGACUGGUUUCAGGAAGGAUUUCUUUGACUGGUUGUUUUUUGGUGCUUGUUUUCGUGUUUUUAAUGAUCGGACUGGUACAGUUUGCAAUAUGUAUAGCAGAUAAUGGUGCUAAUGUGGAAAAUGUCAUGUGUACAGCUUUAUAUAGCUGCAUGUGUUUAGCUGGGGUGUUUUCUUACAGAAAAUCAUAAUAGUAAAUAGCGUGACAUUUAACAGCUGCUUGAGUUUUAAUUACUUAGAUAAAUUCCCACCAAUUUGCUAAUUUAGUUAAAAAUAGUAAGGUCCUCACAAAACCUUGCAUUUAAUAGUUGUGUUUUUUUUCUUCUUUUUUUUUUAUGAUCUUGAAGCUUGAAGGAUAUUUUUAGAUAUAUGCAAAUUUAUUAUGUUUUUUUAUAGAUUUUAUCUACUUUUAUAAUAAAUGCAUUUUACAAACAUUUACCAGUUAUAGCACAAACUAGUUGACAGUCUGAUGAAGUGUAUUUAAUAUGCAAAAUCAAAUCACCUCAGAUCACCUUUUUAGUAACAUAUGAACACUUGAAUUUCAUUUAAGGUGGAUAAAAGAAAUACUUUGAAGGAUCUUUUGCAAUUAUGGAAGAAUUCUAGAAAUUAAAAGCAUUUGUUAUCAGACUGAUUUUAUUUAGUCAUUUUAUAACAGUAUUUUAUUUAUUCAAAACUUAAAGGAAUUCUUACUAUUUAUGCUGUUAUAUGUUUUGUUUGUGUAAUCAAAAUGUGUAUAUAUGUAACACUCCUACAACCCUCCCUCCUCCAAAAAAUAUUGAUGAAUACUGUUCUAAGACAUUAUUGUAAAAUACAUAUUUCUCAGUAUAACUAUAAGAGCAAAAGGUUAUCAAAAAUAGAAAUAAACUGAUCUUCUAAUUACCCAAUACCCACAAACUAAAUGAUUACACUCACACAGGGCAUACAUUGUGGGGAGGGAGAGGUGUAUAUUGAAGAUGUUUUCAAAAUUACUGUAAAGAAAAUAUAUAGGUUGUAAAACAAUGUACUUUUUUUAUCUACUUAACAAAUCUUAUAAGUGUGCAUGUAUAAAUGGUUUUAUAGGUGUAUCAAUAUUUACCCGAUCAUGCUGAAAUUUUCAAUAAAUACAAAAAAGAGACAUGUUAUCAUUUUUAGCUCACCUGUCACAAAGUGGCAGGGUGAGCUUUUGUGAUCGCUUUUCGUCCGGCGUCCGUCCAUCGUCCGUCCGUAAACUUUUACUUUAAAUGACAUCUCUUCAUAAACCACUAAGCCAAUUUCAUCCAAACUUCACAGGAAUGUUCCUUUGGUGGUCACCUUUAAAAAUUGUUCAAAGAAUUUAAUUCCAUGCAGAACUCUGGUUGCCAUGGCAACCGAAAGAAAAAACUUUAAAUAUCUUCUUUUAAAAAACCCUAAGAGCUAGAGCUUAGAUAUUUGGCAUGAAACAUCUUCUAGUGAGUGUCUACCAAGUUUGUUCAAAUAAAAUCCCUGGGGUCAAAAUUGGCCCCGCCCCAGGGGGUCAUUGAUUUUCCCUAUAUGCAUAUAGUAAAAACUUAAAAAAUCUUCUUUUAAAGAACCCAAAGAGCUAGAGCUAAGAUAUUCAGCAUGAAACAUCUUCUAAUGAGUGUGUACCAAGUUUGUUCAAAUAAAAGCCCUGGGGUCAAAAUUGGCCCCGCCCCGGGGGUCAUUGAUUUUCCUUAUAUGUGUAUAGCAAAAACUUAAAUAAUCUUCUUUGAAAAAACCCAAAUAGCUAGAGUUUAGAUAUUUGGCAUGAAACAUCUUCUAGUGAGUGUCUACAAAGUUUAUUCAAAUAAUAGCCCGUGGGUAAAAAUUGGCCCCGCCCCGGUCUUAUUGAUUUUCCUUAUAUGUGUAUAGCAAAAUCUUAAAAAUCUUCUUUGAAAAAACCCAAAUAGCUAGAGUUUAGAUAUUAAGCAUGAAACAUCUUCUAGUAAACCUCUACAAAGUUUGUUCAAAUAAAAGCCCUGGGGUAAAAACUGGCCCCGCCCCAGGGGUGUCAUUGUUUUUAACUAUAUGUGUGUAGUAAAAAAAUUAAAAAUCUUCUUUUAAAAAACCCAAUGAGCUAGAGCUUAGAUGUUUAGCAUGAAAUAUCUUCUUAUGGAUGUCUACCAAGUUUGUUCAAAUAAAAGCCCUUGGGUGAAAAUUGGCCCGGGGGGGGGGGGGGGGGGGGGGGAAGG